GGGGUAAUUUACCGUCUGAUGGACGGAGAAAAAAAGUCAUGGGCGACUGCUUUUCGCUCUCGCAACGCAGCGCGAGCGAGCGAGCAAGCGAGAGAGCGAGAGAGAGUAGGAAGGAAGUUGAAGGCGAUGAAGACGAUCAUGGCCGUGAAGCGGUAGCCCUAGCCAACAAACAAGCUUCAGUAAACAUCGAUUUUAUGCACCGAGAGAUAGAGAUUGGUGUCGCUUGUUCACUAUUCGCUUGAAGAUAGUUUACAGAUUUUGUGGCUUAGGAGACUGGCUAUUUUCUCAGAAGAUUAUUUGGUGCUGUCUGCGUCGAUAUCUCGUGGUGAGAGACAGAUGAUGAUGAUGGCUGCGAAGUCACAAUGGGGAUGAGUUCCGUGGAGCUAGGCUUCUUUUACGCAGACAAGGCUUUAGAGUGGAAGUGUUGUCUGGCCCGUGGAGGAGGAAGUUGAGAGGCGGAUUUGACAGAGAGUGUUCAAGCGAAGUGUUGUGGAGGGGAGUGGAGCGGGGAGACGACGGGGAUUUGUGGUGCACUUAGUGCUGGACAGGAUUUAUUUUAUUUUAUUUUAUUUUUAUUUUUAGUGACAGGGAGCAUGGCGACAGCCGCAUGGCAACCACAGGAGGAUGGGUUGAAAGAGAUUUGCGGAUUGCUAGAGCAGUAUCGUUUGCCUACUGUGGACCAGUCGCGCAUCUGGCAACAGCACCAGGGGUGCAGCCAGCUGCCAGAUUUCAACAAUUAUCUUGCUUUCAUCUUGUGUCGCGCUGAGGGAGAUGCAGUCAAUAUUCGGCAAGCGGCAGGAUUGCUGUUGAAGAAUAAUUUGAAAAGCAAUUAUCAGUCAAUCCAACCAUCUCACCUUCAGUAUAUUAAGGCGGAAGUGCUGCCCUGCCUCGGAUCCUCAGAUUUUGGUGUACGAACAACUGUUGGUACUAUAGCUAGUGUUGUGUUGCAGCACGGAGGUUUUCAGUGCUGGCCAGAACUUUAUCAGGCACUAGUUCAAUGCCUGGAUAGUAAUGUCUACAAUCACAUGGAGGGUGCUCUCGGUGCUCUUUUUAAGAUUGCUGAAGAUUUACCGGAGAUGCUUGACUCCGAUGUGCCAGGAUUUGCCGACCGUCCUCUUGCCAUCUUCAUUCCCAGAUUGCUUCAGUUUUUUACUUCUGAACAUGCGGCGUUGCGGAGAUUGGCAUUGGGCACUGUUAACCAGUUUAUCGUCCUUUUUCCCGCUGCACUAUUCAGCAACAUGGGGCAAUACUUGCAAGGCUUAUUUUCGCUAGCAAAUGAUAGUGUCGGAGAUGUCCGAAAAUUGGUUUGUGCUGCUUUAGUGCAAUUGUUGGAAGUGCAGCCUAAUGCUUUACAGCCUCACAUGAGAAAUGUUAUUGAGUACAUGCUUCAAGCCAAUAAAGAUCCUGAUAGGGAUGUGGCGUUGGAGGCUUGUGAGUUCUGGUCUGCAUUUUGUGAAGCGCACCUUCCUCCUGACCUGCUGCGAGAAUUUUUGCCACGUCUUAUUGAUAUUUUAUUGGACAACAUGGUAUAUGCGGAUGAUGAUGAAGCGUUGCAAGAUGAGGAUGAGGAUGAGAAUGCACCUGACAGAGACCAGGAUAUCAAGCCCAGGUUUCAUCAAUCGCGGAUAGUUGGGAGUACCGAUGGUGCUGAAGAGGUUGAGGAUGAUGAUGACGAUGAUAUUAUAAAUUCUUGGAAUUUGCGGAAAUGUAGUGCUGCUGGAUUAGAUAUAUUAUCAACAGUAUUUGGGGACGAUAUUCUCCCAAUUCUCAUGCCUCUUGUGCAGGUGAGACUUUCUACAACUGAAGAUUCGGAAUGGGUACAAAAGGAGGCUGCAAUUUUAGCCCUUGGUGCUGUUGCCGAAGGUUGCAUCUCGGGCCUGUUACCCCAUCUAGCACAGAUCGUAGUCUAUCUUGUAUCAUUUAUGGAGGAUACGCGGCCGCUUGUGCGAAGUAUAUCCUGUUGGACUCUUUCACGCUACAGCAAAUGGAUUGUUCGGGUCGCACAGUCUCCGGAGGGGCAGCUACAGUUUGACGGAAUUCUCACAGGGUUGCUCCGCCGCAUUCUGGAUCCUCACAAGCGUGUUCAGGAGGCUGCAUGCUCUGCAUUUGCAACUCUUGAAGAGGAGGCUGCUGAAGAUUUAGCCCCUAGGCUUGAACCCAUACUGCAGCACCUUAUGUACGCUUUUGGAACUUAUCAGAGGCGAAAUUUGCGGAUCUUAUAUGAUGCUAUUGGCACACUAGCGGAUGCGGUGGGAAGUGAACUCAAUAAUCCAAAAUAUUUGGAAAUUUUGAUGCCGCCAUUGAUUUCUAAGUGGCAGCAGCUAUCAGACAAUGACAAGGAUUUAUUUCCUUUGCUUGAAUGUUUUACUUCAAUAGCUCAGGCACUUGGUCCAGGUUUCAUUCAAUAUGCCGAACCUGUCUUUAUGAGGUGUAUCAAUCUGAUUCGUACACAUCAAGUUGCUAAGGCCGACCCUCAGAGCGCAGGCGUGAAUUACGACAAAGAAUUUAUAGUUUGUUCUUUAGAUUUGCUCUCGGGACUUGCUGAAGGCCUUGGGAGCAGUAUUGAGAACUUGGUUUCAAGAAGUGAUCUUCGGGACCUCUUAUUACAGUGCUGCACUGAUGAAGCCCCAGACGUACGUCAGAGUGCUCUGGCCCUCUUGGGUGACCUCGUCAAGGCUUGCGCUGUGCAUCUGCAACCCCGACUUGCAGAGUUUCUAAGUUUAGCGGCGAAUCAGCUGCAGGGACAAAACGUAAAAGAGAACGUGUCAGUAGCCAACAAUGCAUGCUGGGCUAUUGGCGAAGUGGCCAUCAAGGUUAGGAGCGAAAUUUCGCCAAUUGUGUUGACAGUUAUCUCUCCGCUGGUGCGCAUCCUUUCCAAUACCGAGGGUCUAAACAAGUCACUCUUGGAGAAUAGUGCAAUUACCUUAGGAAGACUGGGAUGGGUUUGUCCAGAGAUCGUUGCUCCUCAUAUGGAGCACUUCAUGCAGACCUGGUGCCGUGCGCUUUGCACGAUACGAGAUGAUUUUGAGAAAGAAGAUGCUUUUCGAGGCCUGUGUGCUAUGGUGCGGUUGAACCCCGGCGGUGCUGUGAGUUCUUUGGCAUUAAUGUGUGAAGCUAUCGGUAGCUGGCAUGAGAUUCGGAGUAAAGAGCUUUCUUCGGAAAUUGCCCAAGUGUUACAUGGAUACAAACAGAUGCUGUCUCAAUCCAACUCUUGGGAACAGUAUUUUGGAACUUUGGAUGGGACACUACGUGAGAAGCUGGUAAAAACGUAUGGUCUUUGAGGAUAGCAACCAGCUGAUCGGGUCUCUUAAAUAUAUUGGAGGCAUCUUGUGCCAAUCCUGCUCGUUUGCUGCGCGCUUGGAUGCACAUGGCUCACUCAAGUGUGGCUGUCCCAUCAAGAGAUUGUCAAUAUUGAGGAAAUAUAGAUCUACCCUAGUUACCAACACCAGAAUCGAUGUGGCUUACAAUUUUAGUCAACCUGGCCCGCAUAUUCUAGAACUGGUUGUUUAGUGGUGGAUCUUGAAGGGUCUGGUUAGCAUUUGUUAUCUGGUUAGCAUACGAAGUAAAUGUCAAUAGAUCCUGUUGAUGCUGUCGUUGAGCUUUAGCCAGGAGCCCAUCGAAUUUGAGACCUUGGGCCACCUAGUCUUAACUACAAAAAGGGUGCAAGAGUUUUGUGUUACGAGGAGGUGAUAUGUGGCCACAUCAACCAGUGUAAAUGUAACUGAGGUGAGAGGAUGCUUAGUUUCAAUGUAGUACGUCGUACCUCGGGGUUGUUGCACCGACCCAUAUACGUCCAUUCGAGGGUAUUAUUUUUGAGUUGCCUUGUGCUGGUAUAUCAAGUUGAUGUCGCACUGAUGAAUCUAGUCCGACGUGCUACCAGUGUACAUUCCAACAUUUGGAGAUGUAUACUCACCACGUAGUUGUAGCAACCGAACUUGCUAAACGUUUCUAUUUGUUUUUAGAAAGGAGAGGAUUCUUCGCA